CGGGCCCUCCCGGUUGUCGUUCACUCUCGCUAUGACUUCGCUUAAAAUAUCAGCCGCAGUCCUGUUGCUGGCAACAGCAGCCUGUGCUCAGUUAGGAGGCGGCAAAGGCGGUGUCGGAGAACAACAAGGAUAUGGACAUGGAGGAUACUAUCAUACUCCUCACUACAACUACGAGUACGGUGUUACUGAUACUAAGACCGGUGACAGCAAGAGGCAUAAGGAGACUCGUGAGGGUGACAGCACCCACGGCGAGUACAGCUUCACUGAGUCCGACGGCACUGUGCGCACUGUGAAGUACCAAGUGAACGGCAAGAGCGGCUUCGUCGCAACUGUCUCGCACUCUGGUCACAGCAAGCACCCUGCCCAGUACACCCAAUACUAUAACGCGCCAGCCGUGAAACAGGAGGAGCAGCCCGCUAAGCCCAUUGUCCUCCAGGACAAUGAGGACAAUGUUGUCCCUGUGGCCGUAGCACCCGCUCCAGCCCAUUUCACUCAGGCUUGGGCCGCGCAGCAGCAGCAAGAGCAUGUCCCGCAGCAACAACAUGUCCCGCAGCAACCACAAAUCCCUCUGCAGCAGUACGUCCCUCAGUACCAAUACGUUCCUCAGCAACAGCAGCAGCAUUACGUCCCUGAGGUCGCCGCGCCUGCCCCUGCUAACGCUGGCAACCGAGAGAUUUACGGAGUCCCGCUGAGGUACCUUCCUCCUCCAUCUGCUGCCCCCGCUCCUGUCCAUGACGGAAGCAGCCAGCAGGUCCCGAGUGGAGUGCCCGCCCAGCAACAUGGACAGUAUGCCCUGCAGGGUGCUGGAUACUACAAUGUCGGCGAUAACAAGAAUAACGGUCAGCUUUCCUUGAACGGCCCUGAUGUCGCUUCUCUUUUUGCUGCUUAUGAACAGGCUGGGUUUGGAUAUGGAAAGGGUGUCGUAGCUCAGGGUGGUUUGGGAGGCGCUCAGGGUGGUUUGGCUGGUGUUCAGGGUGGUCUCCAUAACAGUUACGGGUUGGGAGGUAGCUCUUACGAAAUCGCUGAAAAUGACGCUUCCGGGGAGAAGGACAAGGAGGAGACCCCAGUGAGAGCUCCUGUCAAGGGGCAAACCGUUCAGGGAGGCCAAGAAGUUGCUCAGGGUCUGGGAGCUUUGAAUGGAUACGGAAAAGGAGGAUUGACCCUAGCGACCUUUGGCAACGCUCAGAAGGAGUUUGGGCAGGGCGCUAUUGCUGCGCAAAGCGCAGAUUUUGGAAAUAUCAAGGGAGCGGGGUUGGAAGGAUUUGGAGGAAAUUAUGGAGGCUAUCAAUUUUCGCAGGCAGAACUUGCUAAGGCUCUAGAGGGAUACGAAGGACUCAAGGGAGCAGGACAGUUUUCAUUUGACGGUGCUAAAGAUGGGUAUGCGGGCUUCAGCAAGAGCCUCAAUGGUUUCAGACCUAUUUUGAAUGGCAAGGGUUCCUAUGGUGGUUUGGACGAAUACGCAGGGUUCCAAGCUGACGCCCCCAAGGCUGAAGUGGUCAAGAGUAGACCCGUCCCUAUUGUUAAAAGUGUGAGGUAUAUACCUGCAGUCAAAAUACCAAAGGUUCUUAGACCAGUCACUCUCAUCCACCAUUAAAUCAUUAUUUUCCAUCACUCCCAAUUCCUCUUCGCGAAUUCACAAAAUUUGCAUAGCUGCAGAUGUCUUCCAACACUUGAAUCCUGUGGAUUUCCUUCCUGUCGUUCACUUGUUAAUGCAAGGGAUUCCAGGGUGCGUUAACUUAGAGAGCUCAUCAGGGUCUGGUAGAAACGAUCGGUGGGUUAAUUUUUCUUGAAAAAAUUUAGCUGCACCAGAACUGUCAUAAGCGCGCCAGUUGUGAAAUUUCCAGCCUGUAAAAAGCUCAACCAGUUUUCAUCUUUUGUAAAUAGUUUCAUCAUCAAUAAAAAUCAUUUUUUAUGAA